CAUGUGUGUGAGAGUGGGAAGGAUGGAGAGAGGGUGAGUGCGAGAGCAAGCGGGCAGGCGGGCGCUGUAAAAUCCGUUAACAGGGGCGCUCUGUGCAUUUGUUAGAUUUCUUGGCUGUCCGCCCAACUUGUCUCAUUGUAAUCAAGGCAUGAUCGCGGACUCCAGGCAGCCCUCUCUGCCGCCUCGGCUGCUGCCUCGCGUUUGGACCCAGCCCAGGUUUCAACGCUGACAUGGAGAGACCUACCCCCAGUGACUUCAUGCUGAAGAAGGAGCAGAAGGAUGUGGAGCUGGAUAAAAAGAUUGAGGCGCUCCGCAGGAAGAACGAAGCCCUCAUGAAGAGGUACCAGGAGGUAGAGGAGGACAAAAAGAGAGCGGAGGAGGAAGGAAUGGCACUGCAGAGCCCUAAGGGCAACGCAGGGGACUUAACCAUCACCAUCAACAAGUCUACCACUGAGCCUCGUGUUGUGAUGACCAAACCAGGCACGGAUGGUUCUCCCACCCCAAAGGGGGUCCAGGACCCUGGGGAGAGGCAGGCGGAGGGGAACCUGCUGGGCUCAGGGCGGGGCAGGAGGAAGCAGCUACUGGUCACCAUGGCUGGCAACACAAAGGGUAAGAGGGUGGUGAGUGAGAGGCUGGAGAGAAGGCCAGGUCCAGGUCCCCCCAGUCCGCUGAAUGUGAAGAGCCCUACAGAGGAUGGCUUGCACCAGCACCAUGUGGAAUCAGCAGGCAGAGGAAAACACCAGCACACUAACACAGCAAAGAAGGACACAGGACCACAGGAUGAAGUGGGGCAGGGAAAGGGUGUGACAGAGGAGCGUCACUGGCUGUCAGAGUGUGAGCCUUACUACCAGAAAUCUGAGGGGCCAGGCCUGGCGGGUGACACAGACCUCACCAUCCCCACGUCCAAAGAAGAGAAGCAGGAGUACCUGCGCUGGAAGAAGGAGCGUGAGCAGAUCGACCGGGAGCGCGUGGCGCGUCACAAAAAUGCUAGUGGCCAGUGGAGGCGGGCAUGGGACAUGGACAAACCAGAGAAUAUGUUUUCAGAUAAAUCUCCUGAGGAGAGAGUACAGGGGCCUCCAGCCAGAGGAGGAAGAAAUGCAAGGAGAGGUUACCCCAAAUCAAAUGCUGAGUCACGGGGUCAGCAACCACGGGGCAGAGACAAGGGGGUUAAAAACGUGCCAGUGGUCAGCAGUAAAGCCAAGGGCAAGGAUCGGCUGACUGGGAGGGCCAGGAGAUGGGAUGCCAGCGAGGAGGGGGAGGAUUUGCAGGCCUCCGAGACAAGUUUGGAGGAAUUCUUAGAAGGGCUUGAUGCUUUGGGUGGCCCUGAUAUAGACGACUCCACUGCAGAAACUCCAGAGGUCAAAGAUGUUGACCUCACAAUGGAGUCUUUGCUGACCCUGGAUGUGGUGAAGACCGAGGAGGUGAGUGGACCCGUCAGUCCUGUUCUGGACCAGGCCGAGUGGGCUCAAGCCCCAGCCGACACCCCAGAGGAGGGUACACCCAGACAGGGGAAGGCUGAGGAAUCGUCCCCUCGAGCUGCAGAGAAGAAGGUCCGCUUCUCAGUGGAGCUCAUCAAGGGUCCCGGGGCCUACGAGAAGCCCAGUACUGGAGCCCAGAACUCUUCCCGCUCAGAAACCAAGGGCGCCAGCACUUUAAAAGUGUCCUCCCCUGGCAAAAACAGCCAUGAGGUGGAGGAGCCGAAGCAGGCCCCCGAGAGCCCUCAGGAGGAUGCUGGUAAUGCCCUGGACCAGGGUAAUAAACCUGCUGAAGCUGUCCAGGCACAAAGCUUAUCUGAUGGGCAGAUACAGGGGCAGGAGGGCUCUGAGCUGCCUGAUUCCUCUAAAACAGAGUGUGCUGAAAGUGGCCAUGACAGUGUGCCCACCCCUGUUUUUCCCACUUCACACAGCAAUGUCAAAGACGCUGCCCCUCCACAGGAGAAUGCUGUCCAGCCUUUAGAACACGCCAAGAGCAAUAGCAACAGAAAUACAGAGGAACUGAUUGACUCUAGUCUGUCUGUUCUGAGGCUGGAGUCAGGAGAGACUCACCCAACCUACACCACCAGCACUGACAAGGCAAGAGAAAAUGAGAAGAUUGUUUGAAGGACUUUCAAUGUUUAUAUGAAUUGGUCAAUAUGUAAAACAACUGAAACCAAAACAUGCUUAAGUAGAGAAUUUACCAUAAGCCUUUUAGUUUAAAGUGGAACUGACAGCGCUUUAACUACUUUGCAGAUAUGAAUCAAACAGACAAUCAUAAUAUCAGUCAAA